UGUUCAAGGCUUCCCUGAAUAAGCUGUUGUGUGAAGGAAUUGAGAGUUCCUUUCCCUUUUAAUUGUUUACUGCAUUAUGUUUAGGCUGUUCCUGCUGCUCCCUGUGAUUUUGCCUGCUCUAAAGCAGGCAGCUUCACAGGGAAAUGGAUCUCUUUUCAUCUCUGAACAAGAAAUCUUCAGGAGAGUGGUGGAUCUCCUAGUCCCAGGAGAAGACAUUUUCAGUGAGGCUGCUGUCACCUAUUUAAUACAUAUCUUAGGGAACCGUGUGCAGUGUUCUGAGGUGCCGUGUGAAGAGUGUUUCACAGCAGAUGACUUUUUUGAACUCGCCAAGAAAAAUAGGAGUGAAACCAAAACACUGACGUUGUUCGACUUCUUCCAAAUUACACCCGGAUUGCUACUUUUCCUGAGCAACCCCCAGAAGGAAUGCAAGGUUAUACAGUCUGGAAUGUGGGACAAAGCAACACUGUCUUUCACUGAGAGUCUCCUGAUGAAAAUUAACAUCAGCCAAACUCUUGACCCCACCCAUCACCAAGUAGAAGAGGUACUGGUGGCAAUACAGAAGAACUAUCUAACAGUGGCUAAAGGUCAGCCUUGCGUCGAUGUGAAUCAAAUCUUGGAAGAGUCUGGCCUUGGUCCGAAUGGAAUGACAGAAGAUAACCUCGGUCAUUUUUCUGCUAUUGUGCUUUACCACGUACUUCAAGGGAAUUGCCUACUCCAUCAUUUAUUGCCUGGGCCUGAAUUCUUUCUCGAUUUUAUCUUUCACAUGCAUCACAAUGAAUCUACGAACCUCACCAGGGCAGAACUUGAGGAGGUGAUGCAUGAAAUCGGUCUGGUUCACAAUGAAGAUGAAGCUUCCACGGCUCAUGGUCAUGAAGAAGACCAUGGUCAUGAAGAAGACCAUGGUCAUGAAGAAGACCACGGGGAUGAAGAAGACCAUGGGGAUGAGGACCAUGAAGAAGAUCACAGACAGCUGAAAACCACUGGUCUGGAGAAGGAGGAAGCUAACAUGACUGCCGAUAGGUGGAACACGAAAUGCUUCAGCCCCAUUGAAAUAAUGACCAUCUAUGGCAUUCCAAUCAGCGCCAUGAUUUCUCGUGGUGACUUUGUCCAGUUGAGUCCAGCGUUGAUCCAGCAACUUCUGAGUCAAGCCUGCACCAGAAACCACCACGGCACAGAGGAUAAUGAAUUUCAGCUGACCACUGCAGAAAAAUAUAUAUACGGAUCAAUCGCAACAUUAGUUGUGAGCCUUUGUGCUGUGUUGGGGAUUGUGAUUCUGUUUUUUACCUCUUGUACCACGGCAUAUCAGUAUAUUAUACAAUUCUUCAUAAGUUUGGCUGUGGGCUCACUAACGGGUGAUGCUGUGUUACAUCUCACACCUUCGUUUCUUGGUUUACAUAGUCACCAGGGCAAUCACGAUCACAAGUCAGCCUCUCACACCUGGAAGUUACUGGCUGUUAUUGGAGGCAUCUAUGCUUUCUUCCUGUUGGAGAAGAUAUUCAAUAUAUUAAUAAAAGAUGAAGAUGAUGAACAAGAUGGCCAUCACUGUGAUCAUGUGCUGGCGCUUCAAGCGUUUAAAGACGGGCAGAAGAACAAACAGGAGAAAAAGAAGACAACAUCCCAGGUGGAGCUAACAGCUUCUGAAGUGUCCUUAGAAAGUGAUUCUGGUCAACAUCGCACUAAAGGUUUGAGGGUGCUACCAUAUAUGAUAGUGAUUGGCGAUGGUAUCCAUAACUUUGCAGACGGACUGGCUCUAGGAGCAGCGUUCUCUGUUUCCUGGAAGACAGGACUUGCCACAACACUCGCAAUCUUAUGCCAUGAGCUUCCACAUGAAAUGGGUGAUUUUGCAGUUUUGUUGCACAGUGGCCUUUCUGUAAAGAAAGCUGUUAUUAUGAACUUUGUCAGUGCCUUGACUGCCUUUAUUGGACUCUACAUAUCAUUGGCUGUUGCAACGAAUGAGAUAGUACAGCAAUGGAUAUUUACGGUAGCAACAGGACUCUUCCUAUACGUGGCUCUUGGAGAUAUGCUUCCAGAAUUGAUGCGAGCAAAGAGCAAAAGCCCUUGGGUUCUAUUCCUUCUGCAAAAUAUGGGAUUACUUGUUGGCUGGGCAAUCCUACUCCUGUUGUCACUUUAUGAGGAUCAAAUCCAUUUUGGAUAGAGCAAGGACUUGUUUUACUCUGAAAUGUAUCUGGUGGGAUAAUUUGCGUAGUUCUCUUUUUAAACUUCUUAAGCUUUUUAAACUUGACUGCAGCACGGUGGCCUGUGAUUGUAAAGCUGGUGGUUGAGUGCAUUUAUUGUGGAAUAUCUCAUCAGCUAACUCUAUUUUCUUCAAAAUGGGUUGUGAAGAUAAUUACAAGGCGGAGAUGCUGCCAUUUGUGGUGGAUAAAACAUUGACAACCUGAAGGAGCAAAUAAUUAAACUUAGAAAAAUAUGGAACACCAAGAGGGGGGAGGUGGUGACAUAACGAUACCAUCACUGGACUAGUUAUCCAGAAACUCAGGUUAAUUUUCUGUGGCCAUGAUUGCAAAUCCCAUCACAGCAAAUGGUGAAAUUUGAACCAAAUUAGAAUCUGGACUAAAAAGCGAGACUAAAGGUGAACAUUUGUCAUCGUCAGUUGUCACAGAAACCCAUCUGGUUCAUUAAUGUCCUACAGGGGAGGAGAUCUGAUCACCUUACCUCAAUCGAUCCACGUGUGACUCCAAAUUGAUAGCAAUAUUGUUUACCUCUGAGGCAAUUAAGGUCAACAAUAAAUACUAGCCUAGCCUGCAAUGCUCACAUCUCAUGAACAAAUGUUUAAAAAGCCAGCAUGAUCUUAUGGGAGAUUAUUUAUAUCUGACAAAUCAAUUACAAUUCUUCAAAGUAAUAAAGUAAAGCUCAAUAGACAUUCAGUAAUUCCAGUUGAGCAAAGCAUUUGUCAUUUACUAAACUAUAGGAUAGAAGGGUAACUGUGUAAAAGUGCUGCAUUUUUAUAUGACUAGGGAUGAGUGCUUGAGUUAUCAUAACACAACAAAAUGCAACUGUAAAGGAAUUUAUAAAUUAUUUUUUAUAGAAGAUUAUAGAUUUAGAAACAAAGAUGCAUAUUUGCUGGAGAUGGUAAACAAAGAUGCUUGUUGAUGGUUAGUGGUUAUAAAUGUAGCGGACAGGUACAAAUACUAAGGAAGCAGUAUAGAUUGUCAUUUAAUAUGGAUAAAUUGAUGAGAUUGGAGAAGUGAAUAACCAGCAAGAAUACAAAUGAAUGGAUAUUAACAUCCAGAUGAUGUAAGGUUAAUGUGGAUAGCUGAUUAUGGCAUCAGAACAGUAUGUGGCUUUUUAAAGAAGGCAACAGGACCAUGGGAUGCAUAGUUGAGGUUAUAUUUGUUUAUUCCUAUUUCUUUCUUGACAAAAAAGGAAUAAAUAUCUGACACUCCUCUUUUCGCAAUGCCUGAGAAAUCACUUGCACCGUAAGUGUCUGGAUUUCAUGACCGUAGCAAUUUGGAUGAAAACAGAGGAUUGGCAACAGGCCAUGAUACUCAUUUGAAUAGCUAGUGCAGACCCAGUGGGCCAAAUGGCCUCCUCCUGCGCUGUAACACUUCUGUGAUUCAGCAGUUCAGACUGUUAGGAUAUUGUCCCUGUUUCUGAUCGUGAAUGGUUAGAACUUAAGGUCAGUCUUCUCCUGUUUCAAAUGGCCACAAUUGCAGACAAAAGAUAGCAGUGGAACUCAGACAAUGAGUGCUUAUACGGAACUCAGAAAUUUGAGUCACUGAAUUUGUUCUCCUGAUGGUACGAAGGUUGGUCAUUUAGAUGUUUAAAACAAACUAUGUAGAAUCUAGGAGAGUUUGAUGCUGGUAUGUUGUAAAAAGCAUUAUUACUGACCUCAAAACUGAACUUGAUUGUUCAGUAAAAACAGCAGGUUUAUGAGGCUUUCUUUAUUCACCUCUGAAGGUGUGUAUGCCGCUGACCUCAUCUUUUGUAUCCAGACGAGAAGAAGAAUGGGAGAAUAGCAUAGUCACUAUGUGAGAAACUUGGGAAUAUGUGUUUUAUACAUGGCCGUUGUUAUUGCCAUUGAUAUUACAACAGACCUCACUUCCUUUCUGAAGCUAAUGUGAAAUGAUCUUUAAAAUUAUACAACAUAUAUAAAAAAAGAAACAGCAUUUCUAACUCGCAUGUAUUCAGUGAGUAACUGAAGAACAUCUACAAUUCCUAUACCUAAAGUAUAUAAUUUACUGUAUCCAAGCAUAUCCCAUUUGUUGCUACUGUGUGGGGGCAUCUUUAACCUUACUUGAUGAGUGGGAAAUCCACUGAAUCGGGUAAGAAUACUGAUUUUUUUUUCCUCCAUAGGUUUCAUUUUCAAAUAUCCUGCCAUUCAAUUUGCAAUUGCCCGCUUUUUCUCAUUGUUGGAAUCAACAGUUGCCAAACCAGCAUUCCAUCUGAUCCCUGGAGCUUCACAUCACAUGGCUUUGCUUAAAAGUGCCCCCAAAUUGUCAGCCUCGAGUCAGUCACUGGCAUUGUCUGCACUAAGUCAGGUGUUUGAGAGGUUGAUCUCCUUUGAAGGAGAGGCUCAUACCUGAAACAGUUUUACCAAAAGAAGUUGUUAAAGCAGCACAGGGCGGGGUGAGUGAAUCAGUUCUGCAACUGUAACACUUCCAGAUGAGUCAGAAAAUUGUGUGUUUGUAACCUGCUCCAGGGACUUGAAUUCAAAAUGGCGACUGGUGCACCACCAUGUACUAGAGAAGAAUUGCACUCCUCCCAGGCCCUCCUCCCAGGAGGAUGUACAAGAUCCCACACCACUAUUCCAAGAUUCAGGGGGCCAAUUGUAACCCUCAAACAUUAUAGCUAACGGAAGUGACCUGGUUAGUUGUCUCAGGUUGUGAGAUCUUGCUUUGCAUUAAUGUGGCUACUAUGUUUCAACAACCAUGAUGCUUCAUAAUUGCUUCACUGACUGGGAAUCCAUGUGGCCAUAAAACACUCCAGCUAAAUGCAAAUGUCUUUAGUUCUUGGUUAUACAUCCUCAUGGGAACAAUUGAUCUCAUAAAGCAGGCUCUGGUAUGUUUGAAUAAUUUAUUGCUUUGGUUGGCUUUUUCUAAGUGUGCACUAGUUUAUAAAAUCAUGAAGGGCAAGGAUGGGAUAAAUAGGCAAGAUAUUUUUCCUGGGGUGGGGGAGUCCAGAACUCUAGGGCAUAGAUUUAGGGUGAGAGGGGAAAGAUUUAAUGUGACCUUAGGGGCAACUUUUUCACUCAAAUGGUGGUGUGUGUAUGGAAUGAGCUGCCAGAGGAAGAGGUCAAGGCUGGGACAGUUACAACAUUUAAAAAGCAUUUGGAUGGGUAUAUGAAUAGGAAGCGUUUAGAGGGAUAUGGGCAAAAUGCUGGCAAAUGGGACUAGAUUAAUUUAGGAUAUCUGAUUGGUACGGACGAGUUGGAGUGAAGGGUCAGUUUCUGUGCUGUACAUCUCUACGCUCUGGUGAUGGCUAGGAAAAACAAAUGAAAGGAAGGAAUAAGCCAUGUAGCCCUUGAGAUGUGUUGCCACUCCAUGUAAUAUGACUUUACAAUUUGCAUCAGUGGUUUUAGAAAAAAAUACUCGGUUUUCGCAAAUAUCAAGGCAAAGUAGAAUCACCUACUUCCCAGUGGACAAUCAAUCCAGGUUGCACCUAAUCAACUAUCCAGAUUUCCUAUCACGGGCAGCAAGGUGUGAGAGAGGACACCCCGCACAUGAUCUAACUUGGCUCUGAAAACCACUCACUAAUGAGAAAAACAGGUGGAUAGUGCAGGACUCCAAAUAGUCAAAAAGGCAGUUGCAAACAAACCACUCCAAACACUUACUAUAUGUGAACUCACAUCAAUUAAUUAUUUAAGUUGACUACCUUUGCACUCAAAUGAUAUGAUAGGUAAUAUUAUUUUCACUGAUUGUAAAUCUCCAUCAUUUUGCAGGAGAAAGGUGGUGUGUGUGAUGGAAACACUUCCAUUAUUAUGUAAUUUUGAAAUUCUAUGUACAAUGUUAAUUUAUUUUUGUUAUUUACUUGGUUGGUUCAAUAUAAAGAGGCAGUUUACU